AUGUCGUGGUUCGUAAACCGCUCGAAGCGCAUAUUAUUCUACGUCGCUAUAAACUGCCUCGAUAGACUGGGGCACCCACAAAACCCUCCUGGCACGCCCUCUCAUCCCCUCCUGUCCGCCCUCGUUUCCCCCUCUUCCACACCCUCAUUUCCCACCCUCCUCGUUUCCCCACCUUGCACGCCCUCAGAAAACCCUCGUUGCACGCCCCCUCUUCCCCUCCUGUCCGCCCUCGUUUCCCCCUCUUCCGCGCCCUCAUUUCCCACCCUGCUUGCCCUCUUUUCCCCACCUUGCACGCCCUCAGAAAACCCUCCUGGCACGCCCUCUGUUCCCCACCUGUACGCCCUCGUUUCCCCCUCGAUUGCUGUCCUCAUUUCCCACCCUGCUUGCCCUCGUUUCCCCACCUCUCACGCCCUCAAAAACGCUCCGAGCACGCUGGCAUUUCCCCAUCUGCUCCUCUUUUUUUCCCCUGCUCCAGUUUUCGCCCCCUGCUCUCCACCCCACCUCUCUGCUCCUCUUUCUCCCCUCUACUCCUCUUGUCCCCCUCUGCUCAAGAUUCCCCCUCCAGCUCCUCUUUUCCCUUACUGCACCUCUUUCCACCCUCUGCUCCUCUUUUCCCCCACUGCCCCUCUGUUUCCCCCCUGCUCCACUUUCCCCCCCCUGCUCCUUUUUCGCUCUCUGCCCUUUCCCUCCUCUGCUCCUCUUGCAGGUUGA